AACAAAGUGUGUUUGAAAGUACACAAACGUCGCAAACGUCAAUAAAAUUUUUUUUUAAAUGUCUAAGCUAAAUAUAGUUAAACACAAAUUCUACAUCAUUUUCUAUUCGUUUCCUUUUGCAUGCUUAUUAUCGCUUACACAAACAAAUGGUUUUUUUUCUUGGCUGCUAACGAUGGUGCCUGAUUAGCCUUUUGGUGAUAAUCAAUUAUUUCCUGAAAAAAUAGGCAAUGAUUACGGCGAUAAUCGUUUGGUUAUAUUAUUAAAAUCCAUACAAAUAACUUUGCGUUCACAUUUGAGCUCUUUCUUAUAUCGCAACAAAUCAUCUGUAGUUGCCUCGCCAAACAGUCAAGAAGAAGAGAAAUUUUCAUCAAAAUCUAUUAACAUUCCGUCUGCAUACCCCUUAUUAAAAGCAGAAACACAAAAAUUAACAAAUUUUGCGGGAAAAAAUAUUUGCGUAGAUCGAGUGACAUAACAUCUGGCUAGAAAUUCAACCUCGCAAACAGUGUCAAAAAUUCCCAAAUUUAAAAGAUUGAUGUAAACAUCGGGCGCGGCAUUAAUUAGAAAAAUCAAACAAAACAGUUGCAUUGAUUGAAGAAGAAAAAUGGCCCAACAAGAAUCUCAGGUUAUGAGUUUACCACUUCCCCCCACACAAUACAUUAAUUUAUUCUCAGAGGAAAACGUAAGACGCAACAAAGCCCCGCGCCCUCCACCACCCAUACAGGAUUCCUACAGUAUGUUUGGAAUACAAUACAAUAAUGAAGAGAUGAUACGUUCGUUAGAAUCACAAAAUAUUAAACGCCUGAUUCCGAUACAUUUUGAUAGGCGCAAAGAACUGAAGAAACUAAACCAUUCAUUGUUUGUUAACUUUUUGGACUUAAUUGAUUUACUUAUACAGUAUCCAGAUAGCCCACGAAGAACAGAAAAGAUUGAUGACCUGAGUCUACUUUUUGUUCAUAUGCAUCAUUUACUUAAUGAGUUUCGUCCUCAUCAAGCACGUGAAACCUUAAGAGUAAUGAUGGAAAUGCAAAAACGUCAACGCGUUGAAACCAUAAAACGUUUUAAAAAGCAUUUGGAAAAAGUAGUGGACAUUGUCAAUACAGCUUUUGCUGCUCUACCGGAGAUACGUGAGGAAGAUCUCUCCGAGAGUGAUAUUAAAAUGGAGAUUGAUAAUCACGACUCAAGUAGUGGUAACAAAAACGAUCCCAGCUAUCAAUUAGAUCGCAUUAUGUGUAAAGUUAUUGACAGCAUCGAAUAGCAUAAAGUAAGCAAAUGUAUAGUGGAAUUAAGCACUUGUUAUAGUGGUAAGUUUAAAUACAUAAUGUAAAGUGUUUAGUAGAAUUUAAAUAAACGUCGGCUACAAAUGGAAGAAAAAUUACAUAAAAAUAUACAUCUAAGUCAGCUUUCUUCAUUUGCUUAAACGGUUUAAUGAAGUCUUUAAAAAGAAAUUAUUUAAAGCAUCUUAAUAUCACUCGUAGCUAGAUUAAGAAAAUGUUCUCGAAAAUCGAAAAAUUGAAUGAAAUAAUAAUUUAAAAAAAAUAAUAAAAGUGAAACAAUUCGUUUUUGUUCAGAUAAGUGGAUUAGACCUGUUGACUAUGCUGUAAUAGACAAUCAAAAGAACAUUUCACUUAUUGUCUACGUUACGUUUCAUAAAUUCGAACGCAUUACAAGCUGCAAAUAAAGAAAAAUGCGAGCAAAUCUUGAAAAACGAGAGGAGAGAUCAAAAUAAUUAAGCUAAUGACGCCGUGUGUGAAAUAAGUAAGCGAAGUUGUCGAAAGAAGGAAAAUGAGGAAAAAAGUUUAGAAACUAAAAAUGCAGAAGGGAAA